AUGCCUGCCCCAAGCCCUGAGGAAGCAAACCUCUACUACUACGACGGCAUCGCUCCCGGGCCCAAGCUCAUCGCCCGGACCAGCACCAACGUCUGGGAGUUUGCCGCACGCAUCUCCCUCCCGGUCACUAAGUUGACCCACCCUGUCCUCCUGGAGCGCUUCUUUUCUCCCGACCCGGACGACAACCAGUCGAUCUUGAUUGACGAGAUCCUCGAUCUUCUGAUCGGGCAAACGGUAAGGGGCAUGACCCUGCUGCAUUACAGCAGCAGCAACCAGGAGGGCUGGCAGACCGUCCUUGUCAUCACCGUCGAGGCGGGGACCCUGAAAUACAAGGAGGGAUAUGCUCUUGCGAUGCAGUGCAAGAAGUAUGUGGAGAAUCACGACAUCUAUGAUGUUGAGUGUGAGGUUCGGGAGGAGGUGACUGAUACUGAUGGACAAGUGGCCAAGGCAUGGAGGGAUGUGGCACUUGCAUGCUUCGAAGAUGUCGACAACAUGGAGGAGUUGAUCUAA